UGGAUCAGUUAAGAACAUAUUUUAUCAUAGCCGGGUUUAAUCAACUCCAGUGUCCUCCCAUCAGUUUUCUGAGUUCUACUGACGGACUCAACAAUGGCUCCCGCAAACCCCACCGGCUUCGACAUGAAGACCUUCAAAGCUGCUGCACAUCCUCGGUCUUCCUGGGCCAAAAAAGACCCAUGGGCACGAUAUGAAGCAUGGCGAUACUCCGGGCCCUUCUCACGGUGGAACCGGUUUAAGACUGGAUUUCCAGGAUUGGGAAUAGCCACUGUUGCGUUCGGAAUAUACUGCGGCUACGAAUGGGCUUUUCUCACACCAAAACAUCACGAGGAAAAUCACCACUAGAACCAUCCAUCCAUUUUACUACUUUAGAACCAAUACGACUUGCGCGGACCGGGUUUGAGCCGAAGCCUUUGGUGACAGGAAAAAUGAUAUUCUCAAGGCAUCCCGCGAGGAUUCCCGACGAACCACCGGUCCCCCCAUAAUUCCUCGGCGUUCACUUUUGCACGUUGGGUUUUCAUAAACAGGCAGCGGGAUUUCCUCGUUCGCGGAGCUCGAGUGGUCUGAAAUCCUGUGAAGGCAACAAUCUGCUUAACAUGUACAUACAUAUAUAGAUACAUUUGGGAAUAGGCGCUAUGGGUUUAUUCUCCUGAUCAAUUUUUUUAACUGAUUUAUCUACUUUUAUUCAUUUCCACCAAAGCAAAAGCGGUUGGAAAGUUUCAGUCUGUGGCAGGUCUCAAUUUUCCUGCCAAACCGAUUUUUUUCCUCUAGAAGUUUAACACCUUUACACACUGCAGGGGUGUCAAAAACCGAAUUGCGUAUCCUAAA